UUUAUAGCGUUUUAGUACAAGAAGCUACUGGACGAACAUCUCAUUGGAAGAUAUUAAUGGGUAGGCGCGCUGUCGGUAAUGCAUGUAAAUCAUAGUGUGCUGGAUUCCUUGAAGCAAAGGAUACAUUUUUCUGGUUGAAGGCUGUUUUAAUCACAGAUGAAAACUAGCCCUUUUUGAAUUGGCCGGCGCUUUGAGAUAUUUUGAUUUUGAACAACACGUAACACAGUUUCUGGAAUUUCGUUAAAAAGAACUACCCAGCAUUCAACUGUCAUCAUGUCUUUCGAUCCCACACAUCCCGAUUUUGAAUAUCUGGCUGUCGACCGUAAAAAAUUGAUGAGAGAACAAACCCAGACGUUCGACGGUAAGAAGGCCUGUUGGGUUCCUGACCCAAAAGAAUCCUUUCUCGCUGGAGAAAUCCAGAGUACCGAAGGUGAAAAAGUUACAGUCAAGAUCACUAAAACAAAUGAGACAAAAACUUUUAAGAAAGAUGACCUACAGCAGAUGAAUCCACCCAAGUUCGAGAAAAUCGAAGAUAUGGCUAACUUGACCUAUCUGAACGAAGCUUCGGUACUUUACAACUUGAAAGCCCGUUACGAAGCUGGCUUUAUCUAUACCUACUCCGGACUGUUCUGUGUCGCCAUCAAUCCCUAUCGACGUCUACCAAUCUACACCAUGAGUAUUAUUAUCAAAUACCGUGGUAAACGAAGAGUGGAAAUGCCUCCCCAUUUGUUCUCUAUUGCUGACAACGCCUACCAAUACAUGGUAAUGGAUCGUGAAAAUCAGUCUAUGUUGAUUACUGGCGAAUCUGGUGCUGGUAAGACUGAAAACACGAAAAAGGUCAUUCAAUAUUUUGCCCAUGUUGCGGCUAAAUCACAUAAAGAAAAAGAAGAAAAAAAGGAGGAGGAAGGCAAAGCAGAGAAAAAGGCAGGAUCUCUUGAGGAUCAAAUCGUACAAGCUAAUCCAGUAUUAGAAGCUUACGGCAAUGCUAAAACACUUCGUAACAACAACUCCUCAAGAUUCGGUAAAUUUAUCCGUAUCCAUUUUGGUACUCAAGGCAAAAUCUCUGGAGCUGAUAUUGAACAAUAUUUGUUGGAGAAAUCUCGGGUCACUUUCCAGCGACCUGGUGAAAGAAAUUACCAUAUUUUCUACCAGCUUCUGUCCAAUGCUAUCCCAGAAAUUACAGAGAAGCUAUUAUGUAGCCCAGACCCAGCUCUCUAUAAUUUUGUUAACCAGGGAGCUAUUACAGUCGACAAUAUCGAUGACAACCAAGAAAUGAAGGAUACUGAUGUCGCCUUCGAUGUUUUGGGUUUCACUCAAGAAGAGAAAACGAGUAUGUUCAAAUGUACAGGAGCUAUCAUUCAUUUCGGUGAGAUGAAAUUCAAACAGAGACCAAGAGAAGAACAAGCUGAAGCUGAUGGCAAUGCCGAGGCUGAAAAGGUUGCCUUUUUGUUGGGUGUCAAUGCUGGAGAUUUGGUCAAAGGUCUUCUGAAACCUAAGAUUAAGGUCGGUAACGAAUUUGUGACCCAAGGUCGUACCAAGGAACAAGUUAUAUAUUCAGUCGGUGCUUUGUCAAAGUCCACAUAUGAUCGUAUGUUUAAAUGGUUGGUUGUCCGUGUCAACAAGACCCUGGAUACUAAAGCUAAAAGACAAUUCUUCAUUGGUGUACUGGAUAUUGCUGGUUUCGAGAUUUUUGAUUUCAACAGCUUUGAACAGAUUUGUAUCAACUAUACCAAUGAACGUCUACAACAGUUCUUCAACCAUCACAUGUUUAUCUUAGAGCAAGAAGAAUACAAAAAGGAAGGCAUUGAAUGGGAGUUCAUUGAUUUUGGAAUGGAUUUACAAGCUUGUAUUGAUCUUAUCGAGAAGCCUAUGGGUAUCCUGUCCAUCUUAGAAGAAGAGUGUAUGUUCCCUAAGGCAACUGACCUUUCCUUUAAAGAAAAGUUAUACAACAACCAUUUGGGCAAAUCACCAAACUUUGGUAAACCAGUUGGUAAGAAACUCAAAGGUGAAGCUCACUUUGAACUUCAUCAUUAUGCUGGUACUGUACCAUACAGUAUUACUGGUUGGUUGGAGAAAAACAAGGAUCCUUUGAAUGAGACUGUGGUAGAAAUUCUUAUUCAUUCGAAAGAAGCUUUGGUAUCAACUCUCUUCGCCCCAGCAGCCGAUGAUGGCUCCCCACCAGUACGUAAAAAGGGAUCCAGUUUUAUGACGGUAUCUUAUCGUCACAGGAGGAGGGCGCCGGUGGUGGUACCCAGAAGAAAAAGAAGAGUUCAGCUUUCCAGACCAUUUCAGCCACACAUAGGGAAUCUUUGAACAAACUGAUGAAGAAUUUGUACAGCACACAUCCUCACUUUGUACGAUGUAUUAUUCCCAAUGAAUCGAAACAGCCAGGUUUAAUUGAUUCCCAUCUGGUACUUCACCAGCUGCAGUGUAAUGGUGUA